AUUUUUUUGGCUGAGCCAGUGCCUCCUUUCUCCCUGAUUGGUGCUGGAGUGAGGCCAAGAACCUGAGGUCUGCUUCCCCAAGAGACACUCGCAGCCAUAGCCCUUUCUCCUCUACUCGCAAAGAUGACGCUUGCCGUCCAGGCCAUGCGGCUGGUGGUCUGCAUCGUGGCGUUUCCCAUAUUUCUGCUGAACAUUCUAGGCAUGUGGAGCUGGGUAUGCAAAAAGUGCUUUCCCUACUUCCUGAAGCGGUUCGCCAUGAUAUACAAUUGGAAGAUGGCGAGCCUAAAGCAGGAGCUCUUCAGCAAUCUGCAGGAGUUCGCCGGCCCCUCGGGGAAGCUGACUCUGCUGGAGAGCGUCGCAGAGAACCGGCAGCUGCAGUUCGAGCGCUUCGUGGUGGCAGUCGGGGAGGACAUGCACCAGGUGACCGAUGGCUCUGUGGACGUGGUGGUCUGCACCCUGGUGCUGUGCUCGGUGAAGAACCAAGAGAAGAUUCUGCGUGAGGUGUGCCGAGUGCUGAAGCCGGGAGGGGCUUUUUACUUCAUAGACCAUGUGGCAGAUGAACGGUCUACCUGGAAUUACUUCUGGCAGCAGGUCCUGGCUCGUGUGUGGUUCCUUGCUUUUGACGGAUGCAAUCUGACCAGAGAGAGCUGGAAGGCCAUAGAGCAGGCCAACUUCUCCAAGCUGAACCUGCAGCACAUCCAGGCCCCGCUCCCCUUGACCUUGGUGCGGCCCCACAUCUAUGGCUAUGCUGUGAAAUAGAGUGAGGUGGUGGGAGAGAUCCGGUCUGCUCCACGCUGGUUCCAGGCUUCCGUUUUAGAUGUAAAAUUCUCACUGGGAGGGGUGAAAAUCAAAUUCAUCCCUACAGGUUUCUGUUUAGCCAUUUUCUAUGUUGUUUCUUACCGAAUCAAAACCAAAUCAGAGCAGCUUUGAACUCUCCCUCCAAAGGGACCGAAGGUCUCUCAUAGGCCUUUGAAAAGGAAGCAGUGGGGGAGACUUACAGCUUGCAAACCGAAUAAAUAAAUCCCAGAAAAUCGAAAAUCCACGGCUGACUAACACAGGAACACCUCCUUCCCUCCCCCAUCCUGGUAAGAAGGAAUCAGAACCCACUUGCUGUCCUGGUGUUACUAGUCUGCUUUGGCUGCCACCUGUGCUCUGGCCAGUGGCUCUCUGUCCUUCGACUGAGGGUUUUGCCACUGGCUGCUGCACUGUCCUGCACUCCACAGCUCGUAUAAGUGCACUUUACACACCAGCGUCAUCACAGAACUGCACAGAACAGAUGGGAAUUCUCUGCAGGGAGACACUUAGCAUCCAAAUGACACACACACAGUUAGUAGAUCUUAGCCAUUUUGGAAGGAUCAGAGUGGGGUGUGACUGUGUGGCUAUGAUCUUUCAAUCUUUGCUUUCUCCCCCACCCUCUCUUAGAAGUGACAUACUAGGGACUGAACCCAGGGCUGAGAGCAUGCUAUGCAAGACUACACUAUCAGGGGCUGGUGAGAUGGCUCAGUGGGUAAGAGUACCCGAUUGCUCUUCUGAAGGUCCGAAGUUCAAAUCCCAGCAACCACAUGGUGGCUCACAACCAUCCCUAACGAGAUCUGACUCCCUCUUCUGGAGUGUCUGAAGACAGAUACAUUGUACUUACAUAUAAUAAUAAUAAUAAUAAUAAUAAUAAUAAUAAUAAUAAUAAUAAUAAUAAAAAAACAUAUUGAACCAGGCCUCAAUCGUAGAUUAAGAAUGUUGUUCAGGGGCUUUGUUUUGAUACAGGGUCUCACUAUGUAGCCUAGGCUGGCCCCAAACUCACAGAGAUCCACCUGCCUCUGCCUCCUGUGUGCUGAUCAAAGUCCUGUGCCACUCCACACCAUCCAGGAUGAGUUCAGAAAGAGAACAACAAAAAGCAAAACAAUGAAGCAAUAUGUUUAAAAAAUGCUAAGGGUCUUACCAUGUAGCCCAGGCUG